AUGCUCCGUGUUGGCAUCACUGGGGACGACACGAAUGACGCCCACUUCGUACACAUCCCCUCCAUCGAUCUGCGCGACCAAGUCUCCGUCGUUGCUACACCCUGCCAGUCCGUCCAAGAGUACGAGGACAAAGUCGCCGAGCAGCAGGGCUGGGAACAUGACCAACAGUUCAAGGACUUGGCUGUGAGGCCUCCUUGGAGAAUCACCAUCCUGAGGCCCAGCAGCGACAAUGCCGGUGUCGUUGAGCAGUUGAAGGGGCAGGAAGACGUCUUCUUUGCGUUCCAUCACUCUCUUAUGGACGGAACCAGUGGCCGCCGCUUCCACGAGAUGCUCCUCGCAACGCCCGCUUACCAGGGCCAACAAGUCCCAGCCGAGCCAGAGCAUGUCCUCUCCUUUCCAGAGCCGUCGUCACUCCCUGAACCCCAGGAACAAGUCGUCAACUUCACCCUCUCAAUCAGCUAUACCGUGCGUACCUUAUGGACUGCCCUCGGCCCAACGUUCCUCCAACCCCCCAAGCAGCCCAUCUGGAACGCCAUCCCAGUCGACUUCUCCCUGCCCUACAAGACGCGCGUCAAGCCCGUCGACAUCUCGCCCGAGGUCCUCGCAACGCUCCUCUCCGCCUGCAGGGAACACUCCGUCACCAUCACAGCUCUCCUGCACUCUCUCGUUCUCACUUCGCUAUCAUCCCGCAUCUCUUCUCCAACGGAAGCGCCCGCCUUCGCAGCGACCACGCCCAUCAGUCUCCGGCCUUUCACUUCCCCUUCCUCCAUGGAUCCCGCAUACGUGACUUCGCUCCGGUGUCUCGUCGCCGCAACCACGCAUCGCUUCUCUCCAGAGAUGGUGUCCGCUCUGCGCGCCCCAGAUGCCGACACCACGGCCUUGAUAUGGCAAAAUGCGCAGCACGUCAAGGAUGAACUGACCACUAAGCUCAACUCCUUGCCUAAAGACGACAUCAUGGCCAUGCUCAAGUACGUCGGCGACUGGUUCAACUUCUGGCGCGGCAGGGACGGCAGGCCGCGCACCGAGUCCUGGGAAAUUAGCAACAUUGGCGUGCUCAAGAACCCAGAGGCGGAAGCGCAGACAGACGUUCCCCGGGCCACGCGCAUGCUCUUUACGAAUGGAGCUAUGGCUGCUGGGCCGCCGGUGGCUGUCAAUGUUGCGAGUGUGGCGGGGUCCAAGUUGACGAUUGGCUUGUCGUGGCAUGAUGCUGUGUUGAAGGAGGAGGUGAUGGACUGGCUGGCUGAGGAUCUGAGUUCGUAUGCUGCCAAGUUUUAUGAGACUGGCAAGACCUUUGUCUAG